CUCAACAGACCUUGCCACGUACCUAGUGUUUUAGUUUGUUGACGUUUCAGUUUUGCCAGCAUGUCGACGAACAAGUUUUCAAUUGUAGAUAUUGACAAUGAGAAUGAUGAGCUUCAAUUUCAAGACUUUGGACUGAGUGAGGGCAGCAGAGGGGCAGGAAUUGGCCCGUCUAAUAACUUCACUGAUAGUGCAGGCCAUCAGACAGACUCACAAAAGGACUGUCAUUCUCCUCAGCGCAAACGUGGAAAAUAUUCAGCUUCAUCAACCACUGAAUCCAAGUCUGAGGAGCAGAAAACUCCUGUUGAUCAGCCUUCAAGUCGGCAGAAGUCAAAGCCCACUCUUAAUCUUGAUGAAAUGGAAAACUUUUCUCCCAGCACCGACCAAUUUGACUCUAGAGAAAUUGAGUUGUCUGACUCCUCAAACUUUUUGUUGCAUGUAAACUCAAUUCAUUGCCCUAGCAACAAAGACAUUUUUGCUGGCGAGAAUCACCAGAAACUUGUAAGUGAAAGCAAGAACCUUCAUUCGAUCGUGUCUAAGGCAGCGGUCACGGCGAUUUUAUCUGAUGAUGUGCACUCCACCAUUGAACUUGCUUAUGCUUUAUUGUUGCGAGUUCAAGAUAAGUCUUUGGUCUCCAAGGCUGUCAAGAACUUGGCCGCGAGUUGGCCAGUGCCUGAGUUGCAGCAUUUGAAGCGCGUGAAAAAGUUCCCUAAAAUUUCUAAGUAUGUUGGAGUAAUUGAGGAAUUCGUGAGUCAAGCCUCGGCCAUACCCGAAGAUCGUGGGAAAACAAAAUGUCAUUCCUAUUUUUCGACCGAAAAUUCACGUGUUAGUAAUCAGGAAAAGGGUCCUGAAAACGACGUGUUUUUUGUUUACGUCGAUUUGUUAUACACAUUCAUUGAACAAGAAAACAAUCAUGAUAUUUUUACUGAUUCUUCUUCACAUGAUUCUUUACUGUUGACGAAUGCAGAAAUGAAUAAAUUUAAGUCAACAUGCAUUGAGUUGAAUUUACCGAAACCUAUAGCAAGCAACGAAGUUGUACAUGUUAUCCGUCAAAAGCUCUCUUUCAGAGGAGUUGACUUGUCACUUUUCAGUCCCGUUUUGUAUGUGGGAAAAGUUAGCAAAUACGCACCCAGACUACGGUAUCAGUUUGAGACGGUGACUGCUCACUGGCCAUGCUCAUUCCAUGAAGACGAAUAUUUGGCAAAACUUAUACGGGGCGAUAACUUCACUGGAGACGAGGUCCAGAGCAUUUUGAAGUACAUGAAUCUUGCUCUUUGCCUAGCCUAUGGAUAUGAUGAUGGAGUUGACCGAAAAGAGAUGAAAAAUUCGUCAACUUGUAAUGUAAUGCCGCCAGCUAAAAUUCCUGAUGCCGCACGUGAUCGCUGUGAAUCUCAUCUAUGUAGCUCAUGUUCAGGAGUAUUUACAAACCGUGAAAAAUGUUGCGUUCAGCUCUCAAAAGCGACCGCCACCUGCACUUCAACAUUUGAUUCUUCGGUAAAAACUUCACGUGAAUUCCCAUCUUGUUCGUCAUCUUCAGGAAAUUAUAACUUGACUCGUUGCACCGUAGCAGAAAAUAUGGAAAUCUCGUCAAACGGAAGCAAAUUUCAUUGCAAGCACCACCUUCCACCUCGUUCUGCGUGCCUCAUGGUGGACAGCUCACGCGAUCGUGUCGUGGUGCAGGUGCGCGACUUACGGGACGUUCAUCCUUUGGCUCACGCUGCUAUGGUGGCCGUGGACCACGUGGCCCGCACCCUCGGGGGUGGAUGCUGGCAGUCUCUUGAUGAGAGGAGGCUGGCAAAUGUCCCAAGGUCUCCUCAAGUUUCCAGUAUUCCUGUUGAUGAACGGGACAAUAGGAGGACUUCUAACCUUGAUGAACAGGACGAUAGAAACACGUCUAACCUUGAAGAACAGGACGAUAGAAAAAAGUCUAACCUUAAUGAACAGGACGAUAGAAACAUACCUAACCUUAAUGAACAGGAUGAUAGAAACAUACCUAACCUUAAUGAACAGGAUGAUAGAAACAUACCUAACCUUUCUGAGAGCGAACGUAACAAGGGCCCUCAUUCUGCAAAAAAACAUGUGAAUUUUGCAGCUGCUUCAUUGAAACUUUCCUCUCCUACAACGCUUCAUUCCGAUGAAGCUUCACGAUCCUGUAACUCCAACUCUCACGCUCCAGGACCAUCGGAGUCUGAUGAAUGUACAAGUUCCUAUAUUUGCACUGGUCUGGACGCCUACCUUAGCCACGAGCCUUGCAUGAUGUGUGCCAUGGCGCUGCUUCACUCGCGUGUGCAACGCGUGUUCUACCACCACAGAAAUGCUGAAAAAGGCGCCUUGGGCUCCGUUGUGAAGCUCCAUACUUUGCCGAACAUCAACCAUCGUUACGAGGUCUUCAAUGUUACCGCUGUGGAGGAUUGUUAGCGUCAUAUCUUCUGGAAUAAAAUGAAAAGUAUUCGCAAAAGUGACUCAAGUUACGAUUUAUUUAGUUUCCUCUUACUUACAGCUCAUUCGGCUGAAAAUUAAUAAAGUUUCCUUCCUCGACGGUAAUGGUUCCUAUACUUUUUCGAUCAAGUACGUACCGUUUUGAAGUUCCACCGUGUAAGUGUAGAACCAACUAAUGUUACAUAUCACGCGAUAAACCUAAGUUUUUUAGUUGAAUUAAAUAUUACUCAAUGAACCGAUAAUUAUUGUAUCAAUUGUGUUCUUUAAUUUAACGCUGCUAACCGGUGGAAGGCACGUGGCUAACAUUUAAAAAUCGCAAUCGAGUUCGCAACUCCAUCAGCCAACCACAGACUGCUUGUCAAGCGAAGCCCACCAAUCACAAACGAUAAAUCGGCCGCUUCGUGUACAGUACUUAGGCGAGGUCUGAUAGUAAAGUCGAGUAGAACUGUUCAAUUUAAGUAAUAUUUUAAUCCUGAUUUAUUUUUUGUUUUUUAUCACUUCUGAUAGCAUCGAUUGACGGCAGUUUUGCUAUUAAACAUUACCUAUAUA